CAAGUACUCCUUUUCUUUCUGCGGAUACAGAUUAACACGGCUGCUACUCUGAAACAGAUCAUAAGAAGGUUAAUUCUAUGAUUCUAAGGAAAACUUUGAUAGCAUUCUGUAGCAAGAAAUCACUUAUAGAAUAUCAGGGUUGGAAGGGACCUCAGGAGGUCAUCUAGUCCAACCCCCUGCUCAAAGCAGGACCAAUCCCCAACUAAAUCAUCAUCAACAGUGGUGGUUGCAAAAUCCCUACUUCUUUAUUGUUUUGUCUUUAUGGUCCCCACUUCUCUAUUGUCUGUAUGAUCUCUGUCUGGUUCUUUGAUUGUUUCUUUCUGUUACAUAACUAAUUUUGCUAGGUAUAAAUCAACUAUGGCAGUGGGGUAUCAUUGGUUAAAGAAUUGUUUUACAAUAUGUUAGGAUUGGUUAGAAAUUUGUUUAGUAAUAUUUAAUAAAAUGAUUGGUUAAGAUAUAGCUAAGCAGGACUCAAAUUUCACUGUAUAAACUGAGGUCCAAAAGGAAGUUCUUUGGAACCAACUCCAGGGCACAGCCCCAGGAUCAGAGCUGCCAGACCUCAACAUCCUGCCAAUCACACUAUGCAGAAGCUGGAGUCCCCGGAUGACCUGAUCCUGACUGGCCAGCAGGAAAAGUUCAUCCGCCUUAUUGGGAGUGUGAAGAAUAUGAGACGAGGUGGUUGCUGAGUGAAGAAACUGUUGCAUCUGCUAUGGAGUCAGGUACCUGUGUAAUGCUCCCACUAGUUUCCUGCCUCCACUCGCUGCAGCUCUGGACUGUCCUGCUUCUGGCCUUAGCAGUCUCUUCACAUGGCGUCUGGUCUCUUCGCUCCCGGAGUCCCCUUGCUCCCCGGCCACUCUGUGCCCGUCGCAGUCCCUCAGCUGCCAGGCCUGUUUGCAUUUGGGACAAGAUCUCACCGUCAGAGAGAGACUCUCGCUUCAUCACACUGCGCCAGCGAUCUCUGACACCACGGGAUGGGGAGCUGCGUCAUGUGAUGCGGCUGAGGCGCCAGGCCCCAGGGGCCCGGCCUGCCACCCCCUCUGGGUUUGAGGAAGGGCUACCUUCAUCCCAGUACCCCUGGGCCAUUGUAUGGGGCCCCACAGUGUCAGAUGAGGAUGGAGGUGAUCCCAACUCAGCCAAUCCAGGCUUCCCACCUCUGGGUUACACCUUUGUUUCACCACACGGGAUGGCAACGGCACAACCCAACUCCCACUCGCUGCUGCACAAUGCGGGCCUCAACCUGCGGGAGACCCCCGCCACGCUGAGGCCCUUCUUGUUUGGGCCCCGGGGGGAAGGUGUGGAUCCUCAGCUGUAUGUUACUAUCACAAUCUCCAUCAUUAUUGUCCUAGUCGCCACCGGGAUAAUAUUCAAGUUCUGCUGGGACCGUAGUCAGAAGCGUCGUCGUCACUCUGGCCAGCAGAGUGGGGUGCGGCAGCAGGAGAGUCAGCAGCCACUCACAGACCUGUCGCCCACCACAGUCAGCAUCCUCGGACCCUAUGGAGACUCAAUGGUCCCAUCACCUGAGACGGAGGAGCCCAGGCAGGUCCAGGAGGGUGUAGAGAAACUGGGGGGCCAGGGGAAGAGCAGGACCUUCCAGCUCAACCGGAUCCCACUGGUAAACCUGUGAGAGCAGCAGAGCUGGCUUCCACAACCCUUCUUGUCACAUCCAGGGAGUGUUCUGUUGCCCCUGCUACACCAGAAACAAGUUGCUUGUGCCACAACUUUCCACCACCAUCAUUAACUUAACCAUCCCAGGAUGUGCUUGGGCAAUGGACAGACUGGGCCUCACUGGUCCCAUGCUGGGGGAGAGAAAGCAUGGGGAUAACCCACAAGAUGGGGUGACAAGGGAGCGGGGGGCGCAAGAGCAGUUGGUGUUGUGAAAUCUAAACCUCCUGACCCUCCCCCAAGAUACACAAUGCACUUUGAUCUCUGAGAAUAACCCACCAGUGCAUGCCUAAGAUGGGGGUACGGGAGGUGGAGAGGCAAGGUCCUACCCCCAGUCCCAACCCCUCUGUUUGUUCCUUCCUGUGUCGUGUGCUUUGAAGUGUCUUCCGAAUAGCUGGAGCUCCAUGGGUGCAGAAUUCCCAGCCUUAGGCAGGGAUUCUGAUGGGGUGGGGGUGUCUCUUCUGCUAAGGCCUUGACCUCUCCUAAAGGACCCAGGUACUGACAGCAGCUACUGGUGGGUGUUGGGAAGACCUCACUCAGCACCUGCCCCCACCCCUUGCCUCUCCCUCUGUCAGUCCUGUCUCUUUGUGUUCUCUUUCUCCCACUGCUCCUCCUCCUCUCUGUCUCUUCCUCUAUCACCUGGACAUCAUCGUCUUUUCUCUCUCACUGGGAAAGGCUGCAGAAUAGUUUCCAUACUCGCCCUGCUUCCAGGCACUCAGAUCUUUUGGACCCCACCUGUCAGGGUUCCCUCCUCACUCUGAACUCCAGGAUACAGAUGUGGGGACCCACAUGAAAGACCCCCUAAGCUUAUUUCUACCAGCUUAGGUUAAAACUUCCCCAAGGCACAAAUCUCUAUUUGUCCUUGGACUGAGGUAUGCUGCCACCACCAAGUGAUUUAGACAAAGAAUCAGGGAAAGGACCACUUGGAGUUCCUAUUCCCCCAAAAUAUCCCCCUAAGCCUACACCCUCCUUUCCUGGGGAGGCUUGAAAAAUAAACAAGGUGAGCACAAACCAGACCCUUGGGUUUGUAGGACACUAAAAACCCAAUCAGAUUCUUAAAAAACUUAAAGAACUUUAUUAUACAGAAAAAAGAGUAAAAGAAGCACCUCUGUAAAAUUAGGAUGGAAGGUAAUUUUACAGGACAAUCAGAUUCAAAACACAGAGGAUUUCCCUCUAGGCAAAACUUAAAAGUUACAAAAAAACAGGGCUAAACCUCCCUCCAGCACAGGGAAAAUUCACGAGCUAAAACAAAAGAUAAACUAACGCAUUUCCUUGCUUUGCUUACAAUUUUUGUAAUCUAGAUGCUUAGUUCAAGUAGGGCUUUGGGAGAUGUAUUUUCCCUGUCCUGAUUCCUUGCUGACCCAGAGAGAACCAACAAAGAGAACAAAGCAAAAACCAUCCCCCACAGAUUUGAAAGUAUCUUCUCCCCUUAUUGGUCCUUUUGGUCAGGUGCCAACCAGGUUACCUGAGCUUCUUAACACUUUACAGGUAAGGAGGGAUUUUAUGAUACGCCCCGCAAAUCAUAGACCGUGCUGGACAGCCUGCUUCACACUGGCUGUGAUUUCUUCCUGGAGCUCUAGGAGAAAACAGAAUAAAUAAGACAUACACCUUUAGAUAUACUACUGAUUAUAUAAAAAUUCACAAUAUUUUUCACAUUUCAAGGACAAUUUUAACCAGUUGAUUCUGGGAAACUUUCACAGGAGAGUGCAUCAGCCACUUUGUUAGAAGUUCCUGAAAUGUGUUGUAUUUCAAAAUCAAAAUCCUGAAGAGCUAAACUCCACCGAAGAAGUUUUUUGUUAUUGUCCUUGACGAUACAAAGCCACUGUACCGCAGCAUGGUCGGUUUGCAGGUGGAAACACUAUCCCCAAAGGUAUGGGCAUAGCUUCUCCAGAGUGUAGACAAUGGCGUAACAUUCCUUUUUGCUGAUUGACCAGUGGCUUUCCCUCUCAGACAGUUUUUUUUGCUGAGAAAUACAACAGGAUGGAAUUUUUGAUCCAGUCUUUCCUGCAUUAAAACUGCUCCUACA